AAAUAACAUAUACUUAGCUUAUAUCACAGAAGAUAAAUUGUAGCCGAAAAAUUACUUUUAACUAUAGAAAAGCAAAACGAAUUAGCCAGAAUCGAAACUGUUUGUUGAGUUCAAGUUAUUUCAUCUCUGUGUUUACUGACUUACAUCGAUGUUUUUACCCAACUUUACCCAAGAUUACCUCCUUUGGCGGUAUACUCAUAUUUUAGCUUAUCGAAGAAUUAUUUUAGAUAUAUAUUGUUAACGGGAAAAAUUACAAAAGAUCUAUUACUUUCAGUAAGAGCAAGCUAUAUCUUUUGUUGGUUCAAGUUGUCAUUCAUGCUUAAAGGUUUUCUAGCUUGAAUUGACCUAUCUAUUUUUUUUUGAUCAGCAAUCUUCGAUGAAUAAUAAUGUUCAAGAAGGAACAGCUUGCUUUUAAGUCCCUGAAUGAUGGGAUACUGAAAGCUUUUCAAUAUUGUUUUCGGUUCUUAAGACAUGGUCGAAAGAAAACUUUCAUGCUGGGUUUAUCCACAUCUAUUAUUAGAGAAUUUUUAAUUGAUUCUCGGAAUUACCCGGUAGAAACUGUACAAAAUCUCUGUUCCUCCAAUAUGGCCGAUGAGCUCAAUUACAAAAUCCGAUCUGUACAAAUAGACGUACAGGCAGAAGAUGAAUCUGCUGGAUAUAUCAGAAAAUAUUUAGGGAACGAAGGAAUAAAAUCGUUUGGAGGCUCUCGCUGGUGGCUAUAUCGUAACAGCCCGUUGAAAUCAUGGUGGUUUAAAAGAAGACGAACAGCGCAACACCUGCCUAAAAAUGAAAAAGUGAUUUUUUACGUACACGGUGGUGCCCAUUACUUGAGCACGGUACGAACAAAUGCUUAUCACAUACAAAAGCAUACUUCAGCUCUCGGAGUGAGAACUUUUGCUCCGGAAAUACGUCUAGCGCCUCAGUUCCCAGCUCCUUGCUCUUUACACGACAUCUUAUCCAGUUAUUUAUACCUAAUACGAAAUCAUGACCCGAAAAACAUUAUAUUUAUUGGAGAUUCCUCUGGUGCCAGUCUUCUUAUUUCCCUAUUGGUUUUAAUGCGAGAUUGUAACAUCCCUUUACCUGCUGGCACCGUCUUGAAUUCUCCAUGGGUUGACUUAACACACAGCCUUCCUUCAAUACUUGAUGAUUCUUCUACUGAUUAUAUACCCCCCGAGGGAUUUCAUCAUCGUGCAAGCAGAUGCUGGCCGGUUGCAAACGCGGAUUCAUUAUUUGCUAGUACAACUUCGUCAAUGAAGAAUCUCACAAAGGAAGAAUUGACCACUAUGAUAUCUGAAAGAAUGCAACAUCAAAUGGAUAAAAUAAAGUCUAGUUUGCCAGCGUUCCGGAAAUUUGGCAAGGAAAACGGGCGAAUAUCCUUUAGAAAUCCACAGGAUCGUUUAGAUUCGAAGUUCUUCUAUACAUUUCCGUUCCAAAUUCAAUUUUACGCUCCCAACCAUCUGUUAACCCAUCCUGUAAUUAGUCCUUUGUUUACGGAAAACUUGGGUGGUCUUCCUCCAACGUUGGUCUUGGGAGGUGCUUCCGAAAGACUUAGAGAUGAAGUUAUUUAUCUUGCACACAAAAUGGCGAAUGAUGUGUAUAAUGGAGAAAAGACAAAGGUCCAGUUAGAACUAUACGAUUCUUGCUGUCAUGUUGUAACAGCUUUACCUUUUGUCAGUGAAGCCCAUAUUAUGGCCCGACGUAUGGCCAAUUUUUCUUAUUGGUGUUUAAAGCAGGAAGACAACAGCUUUAUUUCUCGUAACAAGCAUAUUACAGGAGAACUUUCUCAUCCGUUAAACGAGAUGGUUCGUCUUCGAAUCUCUUGUGAUGGAAAAGUGCGUCCAAUGGAGCCAGAAUCUGAAAUGUCAAGUCUCCGAAUUUCAAGAGAAGCUCUUGGUACAAUACAGGUUGAAGCUUUGCGCAGAUGGUUGGAUGUUAAUUUGGAUAUUUUGUCCAAGGAUGGUGUGAAAGUCGCGAAGCUUUUUGCUGAUUUUAAGCAUGCUGAAAUCCAUGACUACCUAGAAAAGCCGGAUUUUUUCGUUCAGGAAGGUGAGAAUCCUCCAAUUUCUGCGUUGGUAGCGAAUUCUAAAAUACAAACUCAGGAUUCUAGCAGAAAUAGAUGCUUCGAGAACUGCAUAUAGGAUUUCUUUUCUUCUUUAUUUGUUUUUUGUGCGUGGGACAUUCAUUACUCUUCGUUCCUGUUACUACUCUGUUUGUAAAUUAUUUAUGGGUUGGACUAGAGACAUGUUUAAUCUUUCAUUAAUUCCUGUUAUUCUCGUCAUUCAAAAUGUAUUGACGAUGAAAAAAAAAAUCUGUUAUGUACUUUUACUCUCGUUUAUUGUUUAAUGAAUUGUUCUAUUUUAUUUAUCU